CAUGAUUGGAAAGAAAUGGGAUGGAUGUGGAUGUCGGUGAAGCUGCGAUUUGACUCUCCCUCAGAUGGAGGUUUAGUCCACAGGAGCCGCUCCUUCACCGGGUUCAGCUCUCUAACUGGACGACGACGGCCAUCCAAUGUUCGUAACUCUCUCCGCUCCAAAGCCAUGGCAGGAGGAAAAUCUCCCAGGAUGCACCUGUCUCAGAGCAGAGGGGGUGGAGCUAUCUUGUCUCUGCAGCCAGACCAGGUUGACCAGGUCUUCCAGGCGCUACGCAAAGGACUCAAGGAGUUCCUGGAAGGUCACCAGGCAGAGAUGGACUUCCUGUCUUCACAGCAGAGAGAGACCAAGAGAAACUCCCGACUGGCCUUUCUGUAUGAUCUGGAGAAGGAGAUCAGAGCAUUGGAGAGAUACAUACGAAGAUUAGAAUUUCAAAUCAGCAAGGUGGAGGAGCUCUAUGAGACGUAUUGUAUCCAGUGGAGGUUGUGUCAGGGAGCGGUCAACAUGAAGAGAGCCUUCUCACUGUCCCCGUCCACCAGAGCCUCCAGAGAGAGUCUGCUGGAGCUCAAUCGCAACCACAGACACAGCCUGCAGGAUAUGUCCGUCAUGGAAGGAGAGUUGGAAAUCCUCCUCGGAGAGCUGCACAUCAAAAUGAAAGGUCUGAUUGGCUUUGCUCGACUCUGCCCCGGAGACCAAUACGAGGUGGUGGUGCGGUUGGGCCGCCAACGAUGGAGGAUCAGAGGGAGGAUUGAAUCAGACGACACACAGUCCUGGGACGAAGAGGAGAUGGUGUUCCUCCCGCACAUACACCGCAACUUCGAGAUCAAGGUGAUGGAGGCGAAGGGUUUGGGUUGGCUGCUGGUUGGCAUGGUGACAUGCGCCAGCGCAGACUUCUUUGUGGUGAGGCCUCAGCUGAUGUUGGUGGACAUCACGGAGCUGGGAACCAUCAAACUACAGCUGGAAGUCACUUGGAAUCCGUUUGACAGUGCUGAGAAGAUGAGGCCACUGUCUGUCAGCAGGCAGUCAGUGUCCAGUAGAAAGAGCUCUGUUUACAGCUGGACGGCACCAAGCACCCCGUCCUUCACUGAGAAAUACUUUAUAUCGAUGGUGCGAGAGCUGCAGGAUCGAGAAGGUUCCCUCCCGUCUCUGGUGUCUAAAGGUCAACAUAACAGAGGAGGUGUGUCUCUGCUGAGCUACCUGUCCAACCCAUCACAUACCACAUCACCCCUCAGCCCACAAAGCCCCUACACCCUGAGUCGCAGGCGGACUCACAGCUACCCCUCCAGCCACAGUCAAGGCACCAGUCUGGGAGGAAGCCAGACUCAGCUGUCCCUCGGGGAGGAAGGAUCCCUGGAGGUCUCCACAGAGGAGAGGGAGGCGGGGAAGAAGACGGAUGAGAAGGAUGGAGAGGAGGAGGAGUGGGGAAGUGCGUUAGAUCCUCCCUCUACACCAGCAGACAGUAAAACCGGUUCCCUGCUGGCUCUACAGAUGUCCAGCACUCCUGACAUCCUCAGAAAGAACACAGCUGGCGAGCCAGACCCAGAGACACACAGUGCAGGUCUGGGACAGGACAAUGUCACUGUUCAGGACUCCCCAGAAUGUCAGUCAUAUUCUGCCCCUGCCUUGCCCACACCAACUACUCAGCCCCCAGCUGUAACACCUUCCUCACCCACAACUGCUGCUCCGACCGCGGGGAGGCCGGUGGUGAGCAGUGUCCAGCGCAGAACCCAAGCUCUCAGGCUGGGAGUCCUGAUCGCAGAGCUGGAGAAGAUGUUUCAGAACCAGAGCUGCUCUGAGAAGGAGCUGAGAGCCCUGGAACACCAGACACUGCACCUGGCAACCAUCCUGAAGAACGACCUCUCCAUGUUGAAAAGCUCGUCAUCAGAGGAGACUCUGGCUGUGGAGGAAGUCCUGGGCAGCUUUGACUUCUUGUCACAUGACUUCAACGCAGAUGAUGACACUUCCUGUUUGGGCAGCCUCAGACUAAAAGACAGUGGCAUCAGCUCAAUCCAGCAGAGCACUCUGAGGAGUCUCGGCCUCCUCUCCCAGAACAGCCAAUCAGCUUCUGAGGAAGAGUUGGUCUUGGCCCCUCUGACUUCUGGGAAUUGGGGUCUUGACCAGGCUCUUGAGACUCACCUGGAUAUAAAUUGCAUCCUGCUACAGAUGAUGAGAACGACAGACUUCAGCCCAUCCAGGAAGGACCUGCUGGAGGAAAUGGCUCUCCAAGCUGAAGUCCUUGACAGAGUCAGCUGUCUGCUGCUAGAGAAGAACAACCUCCUCUCUUCACCUUCAGUCCUCCCAAAGGCCCAGAGAACGAGGGAUGUGCUGUUGUUCUGGGAGGAGUGUGUGAACGACAACAGCUCUCCUUUCUGUUGCAGCUCUGACCGCUUCUCCAGGACGUUAAGGAAACGUUACACACACAAGGUGAAGGCUAAGCAGCCCGGCCAGUCGGAAAAAGUGUUUUCUAAGCUCCUGCAGCAUGUCCAGACGGCCUGUCGGAUGGUGCCCGGCUUUCGGCCAAUCUGCAGCCCAGAGAGAGUCACCAUCUUCCAGCUGUCCGUUUAUCUGAAACGCUGGAGCACCCAAGAGCUGGGGGAGCACAUCUCACGCCUCUCCAAAGAAGAGUACAUCCUGUCAUCCCUGAGUGGCCCCAAAAGGAGGCGGGCUUUAAAUAAAUUGAGGGGGCGGUGCAUCUCGGGGCUCCUCCCUCUAGGAUGCACGCUGCAGACUCUGGCCGCCCUGCAGAUAGACUCUAACCACAAAGUCUGUAAAGCUGCUGCCAACUGUCUCUGCAGAGCUGCAGGCUGCAAGGCCUUCAGGAGCAAGGCGGUUGUUUACUACACCGAGAGUUUGAAGAGCACUGAUGUUCAAAUCCAACAAGGCUCCUGUCUGGCUCUUAAAUGCCUCAGGGCAACAGAGAGUGUGGACCACAUAGCAGAUUUGUGGAGAUCAGCGGAUGAAGAUCUCCGCAGCGCUGUCAGAGAGACUGUCCUCUCUUUUGGUAAAAAGGGCUACCUGGCCUUCCAGAGGAUGGAUCAGCUGUACGCUGAGAUGCAGGAGGAGGCUUAUCAGAACCAAGAGACAGAGAUUACCAUCCUAUAGGAAACAAGUCUGGGCAUAAAAAUAAGCAGAGGGUCUCUUUCCCCCCCGAUAAGAACAGUCUCUAUGAUCCGGAUGUCAGGGUGAGAGACCUAAAUUUAAACUCUCUGGUUUAGUUUGAAGAAAUCUGUGGUGCCUUCAUAACAAAUACCAAUGGGACGAGUGCAGAGGAAGAUCUAAAGCUGGUGACUCUAGCUUUCUCUGGAUGGAUCGCUUGCUCACUCACUGAUGUUUUUUUUGCUGCAAACCUCUGAUUUUCUUCACCCUUUGACCAGAGAAGUGACUUGACUGGGAUCUUGAAUUUAUUUUGGUCAAAUGUGCAGAGUUUUGUUUGAAGAAGGAGUAGCUCCUUUCUAGUUAUUUAACCUGCUAAUAUGCUUUGUGCCAUUUUAUUUCAUAAUUUCUUCCUUUCCAGUGGUUGGACUUUCAAUGAAGUCAACACAUCUACAUGGUUUUCUUAUUGGAAAAUGAAUGAGAAUGUUUUGUUUUUUUCAUAUAAUGAGCAAAGAUGCAAAUUUUCAUAUGAACAUUAAACCCUGAGGGACUGAAUAAAUCCCUCCUAACAGUCCUGAACAGUGCUCCUUCUGCCUGUGAGAGUUAAGUUUCAAUAAUCUUACAGGAGAAGUCAAAUCUACCUGUGGCAGGUAACUUUUUUUUUAUCUGAGUUGCACUUACUUUCUUUAAGUUGGCCAGCGUUUGAAUGCUCAGUACAAGGAACAUAAAAUGGCUGCUGAAAUGUUUCCAUUAACAGGAACUGUGAUAUUCAGGGACACCAAAGGAUUAUAGUACAAACAACUCCGGCAGGCAGCAAAAAAGGAUUUAAGAGGUUUUACUCUGCUUACCUAAAUCUGUUCCUUUUUGUCAGCGAGUUUCCUGCUUUGCAGACGACAUGGGUGCAGCCGCUGGGUUUCAUGGGCCGAUGAAAGUCUGUUGUCAUUUGAGAUGCAUGGGUUUUUAUUUGCAUUGAUUUAGCCUGAAGGAGGUGACAAUCCUGAGGCAACACAGACAAGUGUUUGACUUAAAUGUAUGUCGUAUUACUGCUUGAUAAAGAAUAGUAACACUUUAUAAUAAAGGUACAAAACACUAA